AUGGCAUUAACUGCUACGCGGUGCAAUGAACGAUCGCCGUUGACAGUCAUCUGCCUCAAGGAUAAGUUGUCACAGGAGCUGUGGUUACCGAUCCCCUCCAUCACCACCUGCACUGCUGAACUUGACGAAUUGCGUCGAAUAAGCAAUGAACCACACGGAAAUCAGCCGCACUCUUCCACAAAUUUGCCGCAUAGGAUGGGAAACAAGGUCCCGAUAUCUGCGACUAAAAAAUGGAAGAGUUGUCUCAAAGAAGAAAAACGUCAAUGA